AAAAGGAUUAUUAUUAUUAUUAUUAUUUUUUAAUUUCUUUUGUUUCUUAACAUGCCAAAACUUCUAACAGGUUUCUCAACUCUUGGAAGAUGAAGGAGGAGCCUAAGAGGAUAAUUUUUGGUUCCACUCCAAUUAUAUUACUGCUUAUUCUCCCUUUGAUUUGUGUUGGUGUUGAUUUCGUUUGGGGGAAUACUAUUCAUUUCAAACGAUGGACACAAUACUUUUCUAGUUCAGAAACUGAUUUCAGUGGAACAGUGAAUCCAACAGUCGAAGAGCCCGAGUCCUUGGAAUUUCUUUUAUCCAGAUUAGUCAGAGGAAAAGAUCGAAGAAAUCUUGAAGCGACUGGCUUUGCAUGUGACAAGACUGUUCAUUCUGUUGUUUGUGUUGCAAAUCAACCUGUAAGGAUUUACACCAGCAAUAUGACAGUAUAUGUUUUUUCCGAUGGAGUCGGGGAACAAGAAACUGUGGUUCGGCCUUAUGCAAGACAGGAGGACAAUCUUAAGGUUAUUACACCGGUCCAUAUACUAAAAGGAAACGCUACUUCACUGGCUUGUCUUCACAAUCACAGUGUUCCGGCUGUUAUUUUUUCAUCUGGUACGACAGGAAAUGUUUUUCACGAAAUUAAUGAAAUCAUUAUUCCCCUGUUCAUCACCUCUAAACAUUUCCAAUCCCGCGUGCUCUUUAUCCUCGAGGAUUACAAGCCUUCGUUUAUGAGCAAAUACGGCAAGGUUAUGUCUCAUUUGUCCGAUUAUGUGGUCAUGAACCCGGCUGCAAAUGGAAGUGUUCAUUGCUUUCCAGGAUCAGUAAUCGGGCUUAAAUACCACGACAAUUUAGCUUUGAAUGCGAGUGACAUUCCAGGAGGGCAUUCGAUGCGUGAAUUUAGGCAUUUCCUUAGAGAAGCAUUUGGUCUGAGGUUCAGGCAUGUCAGUCAAAUUAAGAAGCCGAGGUUAAUGCUUUUAUCUCGAAGAAAUACUAGAAGGUUCUUGAAUGAAAACGAAAUGGUUAUGAUGAUGGAAGAAUUAGGCUUUCAAGUGAUUGUGGUUGCAAGAUCAAAGAUGAUAUCGAAUUUGAACAAAUUUUCCCAACUGAUUAACUCGUGUAGCGUCUUGGUGGGAGCACACGGGGCUGGACUUACGAAUGAGUUGUUCUUGCCUUCCGGGGCUGUUAUGGUGCAAGUAGAAUUACUCGGUACAGAAUGGCCCUCAAACACCUAUUACGGGGAUACUGCUCGUCCAAUGGGUGUACAUUACUUGAGGUACAAGAUCGAUCCAGAGGAGAGCACACUUUUAAAAUUGUAUGGAAGAAAUCAUUCAGUAAUAACUGAUCCCGGAUAUCUCUUCAGAAAAGGGGGAUACCGUGCAGCCAGGACCGUGUUUCUUGAUCAGCAGAACGUGAGGAUCAAUCUUGCAAGGUUUAGGAACACACUUGUUGAAGCACUUAGUCUUGUUACAUACUCGGAUUUCUAAUUUUGUUUUCAUUUUAUUAAAUAUUUAUCGAAUUCUCUGAUAUCAUAAGAUGUGUAGUUUAUACUCAAGAACAAUGAGGUUGUUGUUCUAUUGUCUUUUCAGAUAGUAGAACCAACAAGUUACAAAUGAACUGAAACUAGAAAGGCAGAACUUCCAUCC